AUGCAGGCCUCUGAAAUUUAUGUCGGGCUGCGACAAGGGCGCAACAAGGCCUCCCUGGACGUGUAUGCACCACAGGCCAACUUCCUGGCGCUCAUGAUGACCAGCGACAGGCAGGCCAUUGGGUCCUACCACGGCAUGGCCUACACCAGCUCCCUCGCCUGGAAGCUCAAAGAUAAAAUCGAUCAGUCGUUCAUGCAAUUGUUCUAUGUGGCGCACAUGGGGCCAAGCCCGGUGGCGCGGGCGCCCGAAUGGGAUGACAAACACGCCGCGUGGCAGCGCAGCCAGCGCCCAUGCGCCGCCAAGAAAGCGAAAACGAAUGCGAAAGCGAAAGCGACGGAUGCAGCAUCGGCCGAUAUGGUGCGCCACGUAGACGACGACAACGAAGGCGAGAUCGAGGCAGCGCGCAGGCAAAUCCAAGAGCGUGAGCGAAUGCCAGAGGAUGAGGUGGUAGGUGAUGAUGCUGGUGCGUGUGCGGUGGUGCAUGUGCCAUACCUCUGA